UGACGCUUGCAGGUGCUCCGGUUGCUCAUGAGGAACAAACUACACUUUUAAACCUAUCUGAUACUCCAACACUGCCGAAACUAACCUUUCUGCCGACACAAUCAGGAAAGGGAAUCAGGAUAAUUGAAAGUAUAGGGAUAAAAUAUAAAGCACUUGGCUCCCUCUUGUUGGAAGACGAUGAUGGUACCAAAACAGAGACGAUAGUAAUCUCUGAACAUUAUCAACCAGCUAAUAUAGCUCAUCAUAUUUUCUCAAGGUGGCUCCAGGGUGGUGGAAAAGAGCCAGUAACGUGGGUAACUCUCAUUGCUGUUCUUAAACAAGUGGGUUUUAUACGAUUGGCUCGAAGUAUUAAAGAACUGAGUGUUUCACCCCGUGAGGAUAUUCAUCAUAGUAUUCCAACAGAGAAUGAACCUAAGGCGUUUUGCUGCUUGUGACCGACCGUUGCCUCUUGUUCUCACGUCGUCGACUAUUGAAGUGAAGAAGAUGAUACAGCAGUUGGAUAUGGGUUUCCAUAAGCUAAAAGAAGUUAUUAGGGAAUGUCUUGAGAAACAUAAAAUUAUUGUGAAGAAAGUUGUAUAUGUUCUGACAUCACUUUCCCCUGAUCACGAUGAAAAUCAUGCACAGUUCCUGGAGGGGCAUGUGAAAGAUUUGUUUGCAGCAGCAGAUUAUUUUGAGCUCUUUGGGCACAUGAAUUUUCACUGGAACUAUCUCGACCCAAGCCUUCUCGAUCAUCUCGUCUGUAAAUUAGAUUUGGAGGAUGUGAAAGCUCAAAUGGAGGGAUACAAGUCGAAUCUGCAUCAGUUCAGAAUGAAGACGCCAUUAUCUCUCUUUUGUCGGGCACAAAAAAGAAAAAGAGUCAAAUUUUCACCUGAUUUCGUGGAUGUAGCCGCAGAAUUUACAUGGCCAAGGGAGCAGGAAAUAACACUGGAAGACGUAGAGCAAUUUCGACAGGAGUAUGCCUCUCACUACCGACUCCGUGAAUUUGCCAUGAUGCUUUUCGAAGUCUGCCCUGGUUCUUUCUUAAUCCUAUGGAUGGUACCUAAAUCCAUCACUAAUAUUCUGAGGCACAAUGUGCCCGUACAAAUUCUCAAGAAAUACUUCAUCACUAAGCUCACAAUUGCUGGUGCCUGCAUCUACCGCUGUUCUCCUGAAGAAGAGGAAGUGCAGGAUGAUGAUCCACCAGACUCUGAUUCAACAUUUGAGAAAGCCAUCUGAUGAAAUCCCUUGCGAAGCCGAGGGAUCUUCGCUGAUUGAUACUGGACCUUUCGAGGAUCCAUGUCAGGACUCUACAACAGCUACAGACGAACCACAACAUGGAGGUGAGACCGAAGUUCGUAUCUCUUCAGAGGAAGAUGUCGGGGCCACUGAUGCUGAGUGCUCAACUGAAUCUGUCGAGUCCCAGACUGCAGCAGGUGGAUCUAAAGCUGACCAAUCAGUCUCCACAGAAGAAAGUAUCAACUAUGUUCCGGCAGAUGAAACGAAGUUAAAAGUGGAUGAUCAUUCAGUAGCCGCCAGUGAACCUGGAAGUAUUCCAUUACCUAGCGAUUCUUUACCUCAAGAGUAUCCCUUGGCACAAGAGUAUCCAUUUGUUGAAGAGCCAUCUCAGGAUUUCUACUGUCCAGUCACAUAUGAUGUAAUGGUUGAGCCUCACCUCACAUCGUGCUGUGGCAAAAAUCUCUCAGAGAGAGCUGUAUUCAGAAUACAGAGGGAGGGGAAUCCAUGUCCGUUGUGCAGGAGAUCCAAUUGGAGCACACUAUUGAACAAGGAAUUGCAGGAUAUGGUUGGGGCUCUCAGGGUAUUCUGUCCCCAUGUGGACAGAGGGUGUAAGUGGAAGGGAAAGCUGCGUCAGUUUGACAGCCACGUCGAGCAUUGUUCCAAGGGGGAUGCUCCUGUACAAGAAUCAACCAGGGAAACAGUGCUCCAUGAUGCUGCUAAAAGGGGAGAUGCUGAGACGGUUCAGAGACUGCUCUCGGCAGGAAAUGUUGACAUUAACUCCACGAAUGCAAUUACAGGAGAGACAGCUCUGCACCUCAGCUCCAAGGGAGGUCAUGUUGAAGUUGUUUGUCUGUUGGUCAAGGCGGGAGCUGACCUUAAUACUGUUGACAAAAAUAACAGGACUCCACUGUUCUGGGCUUCAGCAAGAGGUCACACAAAGAUAGUAGAAAUACUGCUAAAGGGUGGUGCAGAUUUUUGUAGCCGCCGUAAGGAUGGUAUCAGUCCACUGCACGUGGCCUGCCUUGGAGGCCACACGGAUGUAGUGGACCUACUAGUUCAGGCAGGAGCUGACAUUCAUCUUGCAAGCACUGAUAAGUAUGGGAGUGAUUCUUUGAUGAUAGCUGCUACCAAAGGACAUACAGCAACAGUUCAAAGGCUCCUGGAGGCAGGAGCUACUGUUAACCACAAGAGCAAGGCUGGCUGGACUCCACUUAUUUGUGCCUCACUUGGAGGUCAUAUGGGAGUAGUCAAAUUACUGCUAGAAAAGGGAGCUGAUGUCAAUAUCUGUAGUAAGCAUGGCUGCAGCCCAGUAUAUGCUGCCAGUGAGAAUGGUCACACAGAUGUAGUGGACCUACUAAUCCAGGCAGGAGCUGACAUACAUCUUUCCUCCAUUGAGUAUGGCAUUGUUCCCCUUGAGAUAGCUUCUGGUAGCGGACACACUGAGACAGUUAGAAGACUUUUACAAGCAGGAGCCCCUGUCAACCAUCAGAGGAAGGGCGGUUUCAGUGCAGUGUUUUUAGCCAGCCAGGGAGGCCACACAGAUGUAGUGGACCUAUUAAUCCAGGAAGGAGCUGACAUUCACCUGGCCACCACUAAGUCUGGCACUGUUCCUCUGGGGAUAGCUGCUACCCUUGGGCAUACAGAGACAGUUCAGAGACUGUUGGAAGCAGGAGCCACUGUGAACUACCAGAACAAGAAUGGCAUAACUGCACUCCUGAAUGCAGCAAUGAAUGGACAUGUUCAGGUAGUCAGACUGCUGCUGGAGAAAGGAGUUAGUGUCAACGUCUGUAAUAAGGAUGGUUUUAGUCCGGUCUAUUUAGCAAGCCAGGAAGGUCACACAGAUGUAGUGGACCUACUAGUCAAGGCAGGAGCUGAUAUCCACCUAGCCACAACUAAGUCUGGUGGUGUUCCUCUCGAGAUAGCAGCUGCCAGCGGACAUACCGAGACAGCUAAGUGCCUGUUGGAUGCUGGUGCCAUUGUCAACUACCAGAGGAAGGAUGGUAGGACUCCACUCUUUGGUGCCUCAUUCAAUGGUCAUGCUGGAGUAGUAAGACUGCUACUGGAGAGAGGAGCUGGUGUCAACAUCUGCGAUAAGGGUAAUGUCAGCCCAAUCUCUGUUGCCAGCCAGAAUGGCCACGCAGAUGUUGUGGAUCUACUGGUACAGGCAGGAGCUGACAUACACCGGCCUAUUACUGAAUAUGGCAGUGUUCCUCUGGAGAUAGCUGCUGAGAAUGGACAUGCUGAAACAGUUCAGAGACUGUUAGAAGCAGGAGCUGCUGUCGACUUCCGGAGGAAGGAUGGCAGGACACCAUUGUUCUUUGCCUCAUUCAAUGGCCAUUUACCAGUUGUGAGGAUAUUGCUUGAAAAGGGAGCUGGUGUGAAUAUCUGUGAUAAGGAUGGUUUCAGUCCAAUUUUUGUUGCCAGUCAGAAUGGCCACACCGAAAUAGUGGACCUACUAGUCCAGGAAGGAGCUGACAUCCACCUGGCUACAAAGAAUGGCAAUAUUCCUCUGGGGAUUGCUUCUGAGAAUGGGCAUGCUGAAACAGUUCAAAGACUUUUGGAGGCAGGAGCCAUGACCAACUACCAGAAAAAGGAUGGUAGGACUCCACUCUUUGGUGCCUCAUUCAAUGGUCAUGCUGAAGUAGUAAGACUGCUACUGGAGAGAGGAGCUGGUGUCAACAUCUGUGAUAAGGAUGGUUUCAGUCCAGUGUUUGUAGCCUGCCAAAAAGGUGAUACAGAUGUUGUGGACCUACUAGUCACAGCAGGAGCUGACAUACACUUGGCCAGUAAGUUCCUUAUUGUUCCUCUGGAGAUAGCUGUUGACAGUGGUCAUAUUGAGACAGUUCAAAGGCUGUUGGAGACAGGGGUACCUGUCGACUACCAGUGUAGGGGUGGCAGAACUCCAUUAUUCUGUGCCUCACUCGGUGGUCAUGUGACAAUAGUAAGAUUGCUUCUGGAACAAGGAGCUGGCAUCAAUAUCUGUGAUGAGGGUGGUUUCAGUCCAGUGUAUGCAGCCUGUCAGGAGGGACAUACAGAUGUGGUAGAUCUACUAAUCCAGUCAGGAGCUGAUGUCAACCUGUCCACAACUGAGUGUGGCAGUGUUCCUCUGGAGGUAGCCGCUGAGAAUGGACACACAGAGGCAGUUCAGGUACUCUUGGAGGCAGGAGCCACUGUCAACCAUCAAAACAAGGAAGGGAAGACUCCACUUCACUCCGCCUCAGCUGAAGGCCAUGCAGAAGUAGUGAGACUACUGCUGGAGAAAGGAGCUAAUAGUAACAUUGCUGAUAAGUACGACCGUCUUCCUCUGGGCAUAGCUGCUGAGAUGGGACAUACUGACACAGUUCAGAGACUGUUGGAGGCAGAUGACACCGUUUUCCAUCAAAGCAAAACUGUGUCGGCACUGCAUUCUUCUGUAAAGAAACAACGCUCGAAAGAUUAUGAAUCGACUUCGAUUCAGCUGGAGUCAAUUGCACACCUAAAAAACUGAUGGUUAUUUAUCUGCUACUAGUACUUUGCAGUCUUGUGAGCUUUAUACUCUCCAUGCUACUGGAACUUAAUUAAGUACCUUCUGCAGACGUUUAUCUGUGAUGUAUAGCUUGUAGUGUUCUAUCCAAGUCAUACUUCUGAUCCUGGAACAUCACACAUGUGCAAUAGGACGACAUUAUAACUUAACCAGCCACUGAUACCUGUCCAGGGCUUGCAUAAGUCCGUCAGCAUUGACUAGGCCAAUCUACAUAAUUAUAG